AUGGAGAACAGCGAUUUAAAUUUAAUACUGGAAGACAUAAUUUUUGAUUCCUCUAAACUAUUUGAAACUCAUAAACCCGACGAUGACACUUUGAAACCUUCGUUGCGCACUGGUAUGCCUGCUGUCCGUGCGUCGACUCUAAAGGAACAUUUACUUGCCUUAAAAAAAAGAAAUCUCUCGGCACCGACCUUGCAAGGGGUCGUUGAUUACCCAAAGAAUGCACAGGAUAUGGUUGAAAAUUUUGUUAGUUCGUAUGUAUCCCUUGCUCAUAUUUCUAUAUUUAGAUCUUCCAGUGCUAACCCAAUCUACACUAAUGCAGUCUCCACUAACGACUGA